AUUGUCGGAACGACAAAGAAUAAACCAGAAGGGUUUAGAAUUCUGGUGGAAGAGAGAAAGAAAUGAGCUGAGAAUCUGCGACGGAGGGAGGUUUGUCUUUGUGCCACGUACGAACCCUAAAUCCUCUUUUAGCCCUUUCCUCCACCUUGAAGAGCUCAGCUUCCGUCGAAUCUCUCGUAAAGUGAAAUUUUGAACUGCAUCGAGGUUUAAGCUAUUAACUUUUGGCGGCGCCAAAAACCAUGUUCUUCCAUAGGCUAUCAAGAUUAGGUUCUCGCAUUGUUAAAGAGCUCCCGAGAGAGAGUCAUUUCUCAGUGCGUGGAAUGAGGAUUCUACAAAGGUCUUAUGGCCAAUAUCUGCUAUCUUCGCCACUGCUACAAAGGCAAUCUAGGAGUUUUCAUUUUCAGGAAGCGUUGUUCUCGAAUAAUCAUAAGCUUAGUACAUCUUUCAGCACGGCCUCUGAAAAAGGUGGCCAGGAUACAGAAAAGAUAAACGUUAUCUUUGUUGAUAAAGAUGGUGAGGAAAUUCAUGUUAAGGUCCCGAUUGGAAUGAACAUCCUUGAAGCUGCUCAUGAAAAUGAUAUAGAACUCGAAGGGGCUUGUGAAGGUUCUCUAGCGUGUUCAACGUGCCAUGUGAUUGUUAUGGACACCAAAUACUACAACAAACUCGAAGAACCAACAGAUGAAGAGAAUGAUAUGCUAGAUCUUGCUUUCGGGUUAACAGAAACGUCACGAUUGGGAUGUCAAGUCAUUGCAAAACCAGAGCUAGAUGGAAUCCGCUUAGCCAUUCCUUCCGCUACUAGAAAUUUUGCGGUUGAUGGGUUUGUUCCCAAACCUCACUAGACGCUUUUAAGUUUUAAGCCUCGGAGCUGAGGGUUUUUCGAGUUUACACCGGUUUUCUAUCCAGAAAAAAAAAAUCAUUACAUAAAAUUACCCUUAGGGAGUUAUACAAAUGUAAUUCAGACGGUGAGAUUUCAACUCAGCUUGUUUGUUCUUACAGCAUUGUCUCAUUGUUUCUUGA